AAUAUGUCGACCCCCUCCGUAAGGAUCUAUUGGAAGCGCCCGAAAUAGACAAGACCACUACCUUUCUGACGAUCGGUAACUAUGGCAUGUACAUGUAGGAGAACGUGUGCUCUGUUCCUGGCGUUUGGGUUACUCUUUUCCACGGCGUUCUUCUUUUUACUCGGCACGAAGGCAUGGACGUAUCGCCGCUACGUUUCAUUUCAACCAGAUCUGAGAACACGGGCGGUUUCUUCGGGAAACAGGACCAACUCACCGAGAAGAAAUGAGGCUCCAGGAGUGAAUGUAAAUACAUCGAAAGUUGAACGGACAAGGAUCAAUUCAACAAUAACAACAAAUCCCCCGGGACUGAGCUUCAAUACAUCAGAAGUCGAACGGAUGAGAAAGUGGGUUCUGAAGUACUUCAACCCGGACACAGACCUCACCGUCAACAAGUCCCAAGUCCAAGUUGGACAAACGAUCCGUUACGAAGCUUCUCGAAAAGAAAGCGCCAACAUCACUGAAAAUUUCUUCCGUCUGAUUCCGGAGUCCUCGCCUCUCCUGGGCAGGCACUUCCGGUCUUGUGCAGUCGUGGGGAAUUCUGGGAUUCUCCUGGGCAGCCGCUGUGGUCCUGAGAUCGACUCUGCGGAUUUCGUGUUCAGAUCUAACCUUGCUGCAGUUGACGGAUUCGAAAAGGACGUGGGGGCGAAAUCGAACUUCACCACCAUGAAUCCGUCUGUCCUUUCACACGACUAUAAAGGAUAUGGCGAAAACAGUAGUAUGCAAGUAAGGUUCGUCAAGCGACUGCGACUCAUCCAAGAUCAGAUUCUUCACAUCCCUGCUUUCGUAUCUCCGAACGGACGUGAAGACGUGGAGUUUACCAACAGGAUGAUACUGGAAAAUCGCCUGCCAAUCAAGCUUUCCUAUGCACCAAGGGACACUACAGGAAGGAUGAAAAAGUUGUGGAACGAUUCAGAAUUCAAGCCCAAACGCCCUUCAACGGGAAGCAUCAUGUUCGCCCUGGCGGCCUGUCUGUGCGACCAGAUGCACCUGUACGGAUUCUAUCCCUUUGGAAGGGACGAACAGGGCAGAAAGAUAGGAUACCAUUACUACGGGAAAGUAAGAAACCUUCGCAACCACAACAUGACUGAAGAGUACCGGGCGUUUCAGAGGCUCCACCAGCGGAAAGCUCUGGUACUGCACACAGAGCCUUGUGAUAAUGUCAAGCUAUAAACAAUAAUCAGUCCUCCAUGUACGAUAUAGCCAC